UAAAAGAGGAAGUUGCGAAUCCGAAGCAGUAAACCUGUGAGCUAGCUUUAAUUUCGAGCCGCCCUAAACACUGUAAGAAGGAAUAACAACGACUUGCGCGUAUAGUAAUAUGUUUUAAAAUCUACCGCAAUUCUUCAGCUGUACAACUUAGGUAUGCAGCGUCACUCGGUUGUAAAUUACGAAGCUUAAAGGUAGUUGUCGUAACCAAAAAGCCAUGAAAGCAUGUCUUGGCUUUGACAGUAAGCUAACCAAAAAUGAUGCCUUCAUCCUUCUAGAAUAGCUAACGAGUUAGCCAUCCGCUGCUGCAGCGUUAGCAACCAUCAUUCGCCUCGAAAAUACUAACAGUAACAGCUACUAAAAAGUGCAUUCUUCUGCAGUGUUGGUGCCAGUGUUAUUUGUCAGGCAAAGCAAGAAUUAUUUUUUUAACUUAACGGUAAAGGUAGUUAUAUGAAAGUGUACCUAAACGAAUGGGUGCGAGAAAGCUAGUUUAGUGUUAGUCGGUCUGCUCCAUUUGCGGAAAUGCAUUUUAGGAUCGAAGAGAUUUAAUCGAGAUAGAGUUGACUGUAGUCGUUGGAAGAGGAGACACGAGUUCUCGUAGACUGUGCGUUGCAACCCGCGAUGAUAGAGAAUGGACAGCAACGCUGUAGCUUUUGCUAGCUACAGAACAGCUAAUCAUCAAGCUAAUGUUGUCUCAUUAAUGCCAUAUUAAGCCGAGACUAUAGAAACUAAAACCGACUGAGCAUCUUAAGAUGGCUUCUGAGGAGUCAUCACUGCGAGCCCUGGAGAAUCUCAUGACGGAAUUCUUUCACAACUGCACGACCAAUGAACGAAAGAAAGAAAUAGAAGAGCUGCUGAACAACUUUGCACAGCAGACCGGAGCGUGGCGCCACUGCUUGUUCUUCCUCUCCAAUACUCGGAAUGAGUAUGUGAUGAUGUACAGCCUCACAGUAUUUGAAAACCUGGUGAAUAAAAUGUGGAUCGGUGUUGCUUCACAAGAUAAGAUGGAGAUUCGCACCUGUCUGCCCAAACUCCUGCUUGCUCAGCACAAAACUGUGCCCUAUUUUAUUCGUAACAAACUCUGCAAAGUCAUCGUGGACAUCGGUCGACAGGACUGGCCAAUGUUCUAUCACGACUUCUUUACCAACACACUUCAGUUAAUCCAGACACCUGCAUUGGCUCAUUUGGGUUUGGUGAUGUUGAAGACGACAUCAGAAGAACUUGCAUGUCCGCGGGAAGAUCUGAGUGUUGCCAGAAAGGAUGAGCUGCGUAAACUGCUUCUGGACCAGGUCCCAGCUGUACUUGGACUUUUGACUGGUAUCCUGGAGACUUACUGGGACAAGCACAGUGUUAUAGCCUCAACCCCACCUCCCUCACCCACCUCAGGGGAAACUGUUGAAUUGCUGGGCAGUUUAUUUCAGGGUAGCCAGUACUCAAAGCUGUUGUGUCAACCCAUGGCAACAUUGGACAGUGAGAGCCAGCAGCUCUGUUGUCUUGUUCUGGAGUGUUUAGCCCACCUGUUUAGUUGGAUUCCUCUGUCCACCAGCAUCACACCCAACCUGCUAGCAUCCAUUUUCUAUUUUGCACGUUUUGGUUGUGACAUACAGCCCAAAGCCAAGUCAGGAUCUUUUAUCUCCUCUGACUCUUCCACCUCUAAUGGUCAGCUCAACCCUGGCACAAUAGGACCCACAUCAAAUGGUGGGGAGAGAAAUGGACAGCAGAGUGAGACGAGCAAAGCGGCUCGUGCCAGGCUGGGUGUUCUUGCCAUGACUUGUGUCAAUGAAUUGGUGUCAAAGAACUGUGUGCCAAUGGAUUUUGAGGAGUACCUGCUGCGGAUGUUCCAGCAGACCUUCUUCCUCCUGCAAAGGCUAACACGAGACAACAAUGCACAUUCUGUCAAAACUCGCCUGCAGGAACUUGAUGAAAGUUAUUUAGAAAAGUUCACAGAUUUCCUACGGCUCUUCGUCAGUGUUCACUUGAGGCGGAUCGAGUCCAGUCAUCAGUUUCCAAUUGUAGAGUUUCUUGCUUUGCUUUUCAAGUACACAUUCAACCAGCCAACCCAUGAAGGUUACUUUUCCUGCUUGGAUAUUUGGACGGUGUUUUUAGAUUUUUUAACAACCAAAAUCAAAAGCAGACUAGCAGAUAGAGACAGUCUCCUGAAUAGGUACAAAGAUGCCUUAGUCCUUCUUUUAAGAGAAGUUUUAAACCGCAUACAGUUCAGAUACAACCAGGCACAGCUUGAAGAGUUGGAUGAUGAGACUUUGGAUGACGAUAAACAGACAGAGUGGCAGAAGUACCUGCGUCAGAGUCUGGAGGUGGUUGCCAAGGUGAUGGAACUCCUCCCAUCCCAUGCUUUUUCCACUCUGUUUCCUGUUCUGCAAGAAAAUUUGGACGUGUACAUGGGUUUGCAGCAGUUUAUCGUCACCACUGGCACGAGUCGAAGGCUCAAUAUCACAGCAGAGAACGACUGUCGUCGACUCCACUGUUCUCUCAGGGAUCUUAGCUCCCUCCUCCAGGCUGUCGGACGAUUGGCCGAGCACUUCAUUGGAGAGGUUUUUGCCGCGAGGUUCACUGACGCUCUGGCUGUGGUGGAGAGGUUGGUUGAAGUCACUUGUUACGGCUCUCAGACCAGCCUUUACGACCUGGAGACCGCUGUGCCUUCAGUGCUCAAGCCGGACCUGACUGACGUACAUGCACAGGCCCUAGCUGCUUUGCAAGCCUACUCCCAUUGGCUCGCACAGUUCUACAGUGAAGUCCACAGUCACAACCAGAGCCAGUUCAUCAACCUCAUCACAUCUGCAAUAGAUGCCAGCAGUCCACUCAUCACAUCUAAGGUGCCUGGUAAGUUGCUGCUCUCGGCGUGUCAUCUGAUGGUUUCCAUCACAUCAACAGUGCGACCUGUGUUCCUGGUCACUCUGCCAGCAAUUCAAAACAUUUUCAACCUUAUUACUACUGAGAACAGAACCCGCAGACUUCCCCAAGAGGCUCACAUGCUGGUGUGUAGAGCGUUGUCCAACAUGCUAUUGCUGCCGUGGCCAAACUUACCUGAGAGUGAGCAGCAGUGGCAAACACGCUCCAGCAACCACGCCAGCUUGCUGGCAGCCCUCACCAGAGAAUAUCGAAGUUUAAGAGGGACUGUGAACAUCACCCCACGUCAGCCUCCUAUGGAUGGAGUGAUACAGCAGACGCUACCUGUCCUCAGAGACAUCGUGGACAGCGCCUCGGGCGAGUCCACCAAAUCACGCCAGAUCUGUUAUCAGAGCAUCCAGGAGUCUGUCCAAGUGUCCCUCAGCCUUUUUCCAGUGUUUAUUCAGCAGUCAGAUGUGACGGAUGAGAUGCUGGCCUUCUUCUUGACACUGUUUCAGGCGUUGCGAGUUCAGAUGGGUGUUGCCUUCACUGGUCAGAUCAUUCACACUUUCCUCAGCAUGUUUACCAGGGAACAGCUGGCAGCCAGUAUUUUGCAGGAGGGCAGUGCAGGCUGUAGGGUGGUGCAGAAGUUUCUGAAGAUUCUGCAAGUGGUCGUGCAGGAGCCUGGACAAGCUUUCAAGCCUUUCUUACCCAGUAUCCUCUCCUUGUGCAUGGAGCAGGUCUAUCCAGUGGUAGCAGAGCGUUCCUCCCCAGACGUCAAGGCAGAGAUGUUUGAGUUACUUUACCAAGUACUUCACCAAAACUGGAGGUACUUCUUUAAAACGUCAAUUUUAAUAACCGUUCAAAAAGGAGCUGCUGAGGAAACUAUGGAAAAUGAAGCCCAGUUUACAGCUGCAAUGCAGGCUUUUGGACAGUCCUUCCUGCAGCCUGACAUUCACAUUUUCAAGCAGAAUCUCUCCUAUCUGGAGUUGCUCAACAGCAAGCACAAGUUGUAUCAUAGAAAGCUUUUCCGGACCUCGAUGCUCUUCCACUUCAUCAAUGUGCUGCUGCAGGUUCUCCUUCACAAAAGCCACGACCUCCUUCAGGAGGAAAUCACGCUGGCCAUUUACAACAUGGCCUCUGUUGACUUCGAUGCCUUCUACUCCGCCUUCAUGCCAGAGUUUCUCAACAGCUGCCAGGGUGUGGACACCAGCCAAAGAGCUGUUCUUGCACGCAACUUCAAGCUUGAACAGGACCUUCCUUCAUUCACACAGAGUGUCCAGCGGCUGGUGAAUGACCUUCGCUACUACAGACUGUGUAACAGUAGCCUGCCCACUGGUACCAUCAAACUAUAGCACAACCACUGUCACAACCACUCCACACAUCACCUGUGAUCACUGAGUGCUGACCACUUUGCCCAACACUCCUCCGUCACAGUGGCAUUCUGCCUUCUCAGAUUGAUAGGGAGGAACAAACUUUUAAAAUGUUUGAGUUACCAGAGAAUGAGGAUGCUGCUGAUGUUUUCUUUUAUUUCUACUGUAGAAGGUUGGCAUGCUAUAUUUUGUUGAUACAGAAAUGCCCUCCUUGUGUAUUGCCAAUGGAGAUUUUGGCAAUAUAUGUUAACACGGUCUGCAGUCGGCUUUGGCCCAGACCUGAGGCAGUCUGAGCCCGGCCUUCUCUCCCACACCUCUGCUCCACAGCCGAGCUGGGACUGAGCACUUUCAACUCAUUUUGAGUUUUUAAAAAAUGUCUGCUUUGAAUUCAUUUUGCCUUUAAUUUUUUUUUUUUUUUUUUUCAUCUCCAAAGGAGAAGGACUCAACUUAAGGUCUUUCAUAUCAUUCCAUUCUGAAACAGAGAAAAUCUGCUUGAAUAAAUAAAAGUGUUUUUUUAA